CAACAAGUUUAAAAAGCUAAAGACAAUUGUUGUUUUCACAAAAGGGCCGACCAACUGUUUGUCCAUUUUAAUGGCAUAUUGGUCUGAACUCCCGCCAGAGCUUCUAACUCUAAUAGCCAAACGUCUCGAAACCCAGUUCGACGUUCUACGAUUCCGAUCAAUCUGCCGUUCAUGGCGUUCUUCUUUUCCACCAAAGCUUUACCCUUUACCCAAACGCCUCCCUUCAUCAAAAAAAACCAAAGCUGGAUGCCGAUUCUCCCUCAAUCAAAUCACCAUAGCCACCUUGUUCCUCGUUAGAUUGCCGCCGGCCACUGAGAAUCGAAGUAACCAAACCGACCCUUCUUGUUGGCUGAUCAAAAUCAGUGAUGGGAAACCGUUGAAUCCGCUUACAGAUUCUGGGUUGAACGCAAAUUUACCGAAGGUAUUGGAUUUGAUAAAUUGUCAAGUCAUUGAAUUGGGUCAUGGAUAUGUAGGUCGAUAUAGUGUUCAUAUCAAUUAUCGCUUCCGGGGACUAUAUCGAAAUUACAUAGAGAAAGUAGAAAUUUUGCGAUUAAGUCCCGACGGCGAUGAUUUCAUGGCGGUCGGGUUGUUUAGCCACGGUGUGGAGUACUUGGCUUUGUUGAAAUCAGGAGAAAAUGAAUGGACUGUACUUGAAAAUAUGCAUGGUAUUCAAGAUAUUAUCACAUCCAAUAAUAAAUUCUACGCCAUUGAACGAAGUGGAGGAACUAUCAUCGUUGACCAAUUUUUCAGCGUUGGUUUCAUACAACAUGCUGUUGGCUCUCCCACAAACAGGAAAUUCUUGGUUGAAUCUAGUGGGAAUUUAUUGACUGUGGAAAUGAUUUUCCUGGAAAAUUCAGAAUCCAAUGCUGGUUUUAGAAUUUUCAAGUUAGAUGAAGAAAAUCAGAAGUGGGAUGAGAUUAAAAGCUUGGGGGAUCAAAUUUUAAUUCUGGGUUUGCAUCAAGUGGUUUCAGUAUCAGCUUAUGAAUUUCACUGGGGUGAUCAAGGGAACCUUGUAUUCUAUUCCAUAGAUGGUAAUGUUGAAGAUAGAGUUAUGUAUGUGUUUGAUUUAGAAAAGGGUAUUUCAAUUCCUUUAGAGAAUUGUCCUGUUUAUUGUAACUUGUUUUGGCCAUUGCCUGUGUGGUUAAAUUCUUCAGAAUCAGUGGUUUCUUCUUCAAUGGAAGCUACACCAGGAACUGAAUUUGCAAAUUUAGGAAUAUGUGAAGAUGUUGGUAGUAGCUUUUCAAGUUCAUAGUGCUUGUUCUGAUUUUUGUUGUUUUAAACUUGUGUAGUUCCAAAUUCAAAGGCCAUUUUUAGAA